UGUUCUGAUGUCACACUGGGCUACAACAGCUCAAGGGCUAUCUCCAUCCUACAGAUAUGUAGUGAAAUCAGGAACUUCAGAUACGUCGAAGGGAAGAAAUCACCUCCAGACCUUUUGAGGGAAAGUAUGAAAACUAAUUAGGGUCCUUCCUGUCCUGAGGUCAAUCAUUGCAAAGGGCCUUCAAGGAGUUCUGUUUUAAUUUUAAAAACAGGAUCGAUGUUUUAAUUUUUAUUUAUUUUUAUUUUGUUUGAUGUCUUUUUACAAAGCUGGAUAACUGAAAUUAGAAAAUUAGUUCACAAAGAAGUUGACUGAAUGUUGCAAACUUGCAAGAUGGAAGGAUUUUCCCUCAUUUCCCCUCCCUCUGAAGAUCUGAUAUCCUAUGAGUCAGACAUCUACAGGCAGUCCCAUGACAGUUACCAGUAUCUGAACAGUGAUGCAGAUAGUCAUGGCGCAGGUGAAUUGUUUUUAUGUCCAUCAGACCACUGCUGGGAAUAUCACCCCCACCACCUGCACCCGGAGUUUGAGACCUUUGGGGACAACCACUUUGCAGAGCUCCAAAGCGUCCAGCCACCUCAGUUGCAGCAGCUGUACCGGCAUAUGGAGAUAGAACAGAUGCAUGUUCUAGAUCCUGGGAUCCCUGCCACACACUUUGGGAUCAACCACAACCAUCAGGUUACAUUUGUGCCUCGUACCGUGUGUGUGUAUCCCUCUCACCACCGCAGUUCGGAUGACGAAGACCCAGACAGACAGAGUCCACCACUGGAAGUAUCAGAUGGGGAGACUGAUGUUAGGGAACCUGGCCCUGGGAUUAUAAGUGGAGAAGCAGGCAGCAAAAAGAAAAUCCGACUGUACCAGUUUCUUCUUGACCUGCUUCGAAGUGGAGAUAUGAAAGAUAGCAUCUGGUGGGUGGAUAAGGAUAAGGGCACUUUCCAGUUCUCCUCCAAGCACAAAGAAGCACUGGCUCACCGCUGGGGCAUUCAGAAAGGCAACCGCAAGAAAAUGACCUACCAGAAGAUGGCACGGGCACUGAGAAACUACGGCAAGACUGGGGAGGUCAAGAAGGUCAAGAAGAAGUUGACCUAUCAGUUUAGUGGAGAGGUGAUGGGAAGGAGUGGUAUGGAUAGGAAGCACUAUAGUCUUUGAAGGAGAGACCCCGGAAUAAUGAAAAGCCAGAUAAUAAAGACACAUGAGUUGGACUUAGCAGCAGAGGUUGCCAAACACAUCUUUUACUAUGCUUCCAAAGCCCUCAUCUCUAUCUCACUGAGGCGAAAUUUCAACAGUGUUUCUGGUACGAAUUCCCUUCUUCAGCUUUGAAAUUCCUACAGAACCCAAAUGCAACAGGUUGGACACCGCAGGGAUUUUCUUUUUUUUAAGGGAAUGUAUAGAUAUAUUAUUUUCAGAAAAUAUUUCAUUGUGCUGUAAUUAAGAUUUGCAGCUGACGAAGUUUUUUGUCCUUCACAGGCAAGUCGCAUUUCACCUUCAAAGACUCUGCCUUAGCUUACAGCUUAAAACUAGCAUUAAUACAGGCUCUGCUAUAGUUCUCCAUGGCUAGAGAGAAGUUUGCAGAUCUUGGGAAUAUCUUACUGUGCAAAUAUUAAUAACGUGUAAAUAUUUAAUAAAAUCAGGUUUAAGAAAAGCGUAUUCCUGAAUUAAUCUGUAAUGGCUCAUCAGUAAGUCUUGCAAUCACUUAGUAUCUAUCCACAACACAGACUUAUUAUUAAUUAAUCUGUAAUGGUGCAUAUCUACAGCCCAGAUUUAUUAUUAAUCAUUCAAGCAUAAAAUGGUUAAAUUGUAA